AUGGUCGAGAAGGUCUACACCCCCGUGUCGGCACAAAUCAGCGGCGACGAGACCUUGGUCAGUCUCGAGCUGCAUGAUGGUGUUGUUUACCAGGGUUACAGUUUCGGUGCAAAGAAGAGUGUUGCAGGAGAAUUGGUGUUCCAAACUGGCAUGGUGGGGUAUCCCGAAUCGAUAACAGACCCCUCGUAUCGUGGCCAAAUUCUCGUCAUCACGUUUCCUCUGGUCGGCAAUUAUGGUGUUCCCUCGAGGGAAACUAUGGAUGAACUUCUUAAAGAUCUGCCAGCCCACUUCGAAGCAUCAGAAAUACAUAUUGCAGGUCUGGUCGUUGCGUCUUAUGCCGGAGAGGAUUAUUCCCAUUUCUUGGCUACAUCUUCUCUGGGGACAUGGUUAAAAGAGCAGGGAGUUCCUGCAAUUUACGGCGUCGAUACUAGAGCGCUCACCAAAAGAAUCAGAGAGGAGGGAAGCAUGUUGGGGCGAAUGCUCCUGCAAAAAGAAAACCUCACCAACGGACAUGCAAAUGGAAACUCUAAUGGCGCGAUUGCGAUCACAUCUGGAAAUGAUUGGAGAUCUGCUUUCGAGACGAUUGAAUGGGUAAAUCCAAAUACCAAAAACCUCGUUGCGGACGUGUCGACAUCCAAGCCCAAAUUAUAUACCCCAGAGCCAUCGACUGCUCGUAAACAUCCAUCUGGUCGAGCGUUACGUGUGUUAUGCCUUGAUGUCGGAUUGAAAUAUAAUCAAUUGAGAUGUCUUCUGAGACGCGGAGUCGAGGUUCUGGUUUGUCCUUGGGAUUAUGACUUUCCAGCUCUUGCGGGCAAGGACUUUGACGGUCUGUUUAUAUCAAACGGACCUGGUGAUCCUGCCAUGAUGGAGAAAACCGUCAAGCAUAUUGCAAUUGCCAUGGCUGAGAAUCGCGUGCCUAUCUUUGGUAUCUGCUUGGGACACCAGCUUUUGGCCAGGGCUGCGGGUGCUUCUACUUCGAAAAUGAAGUUUGGAAACCGUGGACACAACAUUCCGUGCACGAAUUUAUUGACUGGAAAAUGUCACAUUACGUCGCAGAAUCAUGGUUAUGCUGUGGAUGCCAGCAGCCUUCCAGCCGAAUGGGAGGAGCUUUUCAUCAACGCAAACGAUGGAAGCAAUGAGGGUAUUAGACACAAGAACCAACCAUAUUUUAGCGUACAAUUCCACCCAGAAAGCACACCAGGUCCUCGAGACACCGAGUUCCUUUUUGACGUCUUUAUCGACACCAUUGUCAGCACGACUGAAGACAAAAGCAUGCUUUCAGCUCCGGUUACCUUCCCGGGAGGACAGGCCGAGGAGAACGCGAGACUCAACCCUAGAGUGGAUGUCAAGAAAGUGUUAAUCCUAGGAAGUGGAGGUCUCAGUAUCGGACAAGCAGGAGAGUUCGAUUAUUCUGGAAGUCAAGCAAUCAAGGCCCUGAAAGAAGAAGGAAUUUUCACCAUCUUGAUCAACCCAAAUAUUGCGACAAUUCAGACUUCCAAAGGAUUGGCCGACAAAGUCUACUUCCUCCCCGUCACAGCCGAUUUUGUGAGAAAGGUCAUCAUGCGCGAGCGACCAGAUGCGAUUUACGUGACUUUUGGUGGUCAGACUGCUCUCCAGGUCGGUAUCCAAUUGAAAGACGAAUUUGAAGAGUUUGGCGUCAAGGUUCUGGGAACACCAAUCGAUACAAUCAUCACCACUGAGGACCGAGAGCUUUUCGCACGAAGCAUGGAGUCAAUUGGUGAGAAGUGCGCCAAAUCUGCGUCUGCAAAUAACACCGAGGAGGCCAUGCGUGUUGUCAAAGAUAUUGGCUUCCCAGUCAUUGUUCGUGCAGCAUACGCACUCGGUGGGCUCGGAAGUGGAUUUGCAGAUAAUGAGAAUGAGCUCAAGGAGCUAUGCAACAAGGCAUUUGCAGCCAGUCCUCAGGUUUUGAUCGAGCGAAGUAUGAAGGGAUGGAAGGAAAUCGAGUACGAGGUUGUUCGAGAUUGCCGCGACAAUUGUAUCACGGUCUGUAACAUGGAGAAUUUCGAUCCGCUUGGUAUUCAUACCGGAGAUUCUAUCGUGGUCGCCCCUUCGCAGACUCUUUCCGAUGAAGAUUACAACAUGCUCAGAACAACAGCCGUGAAUGUCAUCAGGCAUCUUGGUGUCGUUGGAGAGUGUAACAUCCAAUAUGCACUCAAUCCAUUCUCUCGGGAAUAUUGCAUCAUCGAAGUCAAUGCCAGAUUGUCAAGAUCUUCUGCCCUAGCAUCAAAGGCAACCGGGUAUCCUUUGGCUUUCAUCGCGGCAAAACUUGGUCUUGGUAUUCCUCUAAACGAGAUUAAGAAUUCAGUGACCAAAGUCACUUGUGCUUGUUUCGAACCUUCGCUCGACUACGUAGUUGUGAAGAUGCCAAGAUGGGACUUGAAAAAGUUCGUGCGGGUGUCGACACAAUUGGGUUCUUCCAUGAAGAGUGUCGGGGAGGUGAUGAGCAUUGGAAGAACUUUCGAAGAAGCUAUUCAGAAAGCCAUUCGUGCUAUAGAUUUCCACAACCUCGGCUUCAACGAGACAACGACGGCCUUGAUGAAAAUCGAUGAUGAGCUUCAGACACCUUCGGAUCAACGUCUGUUUGCUAUUGCGAACGCUAUGCACUCUGGAUACUCGGUUGAGAAGAUCUGGGAGAUGACCAAGAUCGACAAGUGGUUCUUGAGUAGACUCAAGGGGUUGAGUGAUUUCAGACAGAAGAUGUCGACUUAUACGGCUCGUACCGUGUCACACAACAUUCUUCGACAGGCCAAGCAACUCGGUUUCUGCGAUCUUCAACUAGCCAAAUUCUGGGGGUCAACUGAGUUGGCAGUGAGACGUAUGAGAGUUGAAGCUGGUAUCGUUCCGGUUGUCAAACAAAUCGAUACGGUUGCUGCAGAGUUUCCAAGUUACACAAAUUAUCUCUACCUUACCUACAACGGCUCAGAGAGCGACGUCACAUUCAACGAUCACGGUGUUCUUGUUCUCGGUUCUGGUGUCUAUCGUAUCGGAUCGUCUGUCGAGUUCGAUUGGUGCUCGGUCAGAGCAAUCAGAACUCUCAGAGAGACUGGCUUCAAGACAGUCAUGGUGAAUUAUAAUCCUGAGACCGUAAGCACUGAUUAUGACGAAGCAGACAGGCUUUACUUUGAGAACAUCAACCUCGAGACCGUUCUAGAUAUUUCCCAAAUCGAGUCGUCUGGUGGAGUUCUCAUUUCGAUGGGUGGACAAACACCAAACAACAUUGCGCUUCCCCUUCACCGUCUGGGCGUCAAGGUCUUGGGUACCUCGCCGGAAAUGAUUGACAAUGCAGAAAAUCGGUACAAAUUCUCUCGUAUGCUUGACCAAAUUGGUGUCGACCAACCAACGUGGAAAGAGCUCACCAGUUUCGAGGAAGCUAAGAGCUUCUGCAAUACUGUAUCAUACCCUGUUCUCGUCAGACCUUCAUAUGUUCUGUCCGGGGCUGCCAUGAACACGGUCUAUUCGGAAGCGGAUCUUGAGGCUUAUCUCAAACAAGCUACUGAUGUUUCUAAGGAUCACCCAGUGGUUAUCACUAAAUAUAUUGAGAACGCGAAAGAAAUAGAGAUGGACGCCGUUGCCCAGGGCGGUCGGAUGGUUGGCCACUUCAUUUCUGAGCAUGUUGAGAAUGCCGGUGUUCAUUCCGGGGAUGCUACGUUGAUACUCCCCCCACAGGAUCUUGAAGCCACGACCAUCCGAAGAAUUGAGGAGGCUACUCGCAAAAUAGGAGCUGCCCUGAACAUCACUGGUCCUUACAAUAUCCAAUUCAUCGCCAAGGAUAACGACAUUAAGGUUAUUGAGUGUAACGUUCGAGCUUCCCGAUCAUUUCCUUUCAUCUCAAAGGUGAUGGGUGUCGAUUUAAUUGAGCUAGCAACUAAAGCAAUAAUGGGAGUGCCUUUCAUGGCAUACCCUCCAACUUCGUUGCCAGAUAACUGUGUGGGCGUCAAGGUUCCCCAGUUCAGCUUUUCCAGACUCUCCGGGGCCGAUCCAGUUCUUGGUGUCGAGAUGGCUUCCACUGGUGAGGUUGCUUGCUUUGGUGCGAACAAGUACGAGGCAUACAUCAAGGCACUCAUCUCCACGGGUUUCAAGCUACCAAACCGGAAUAUUCUAUUUUCCAUUGGUUCUUACAAGGAUAAGAAAGAGCUGCUUCCAUCUGUGGCCACACUACACAAAUUGGGCUACAAACUCUUUGCUACCGCUGGAACAGCCGAUUUCCUGCAGGAGCAUGAUAUACCAGUUCAGUAUCUUGAGAUUUUGGGCAAGGAUGAGGAUGACCAAAAGUCGGAAUACUCUUUGACACAGCAUCUUGCAAACAACAUGAUUGAUUUGUAUAUCAAUCUACCUUCCGCCAACAGAUACCGAAGACCAGCGAAUUACAUGAGUAAAGGCUACAAGACUCGACGUAUGGCUGUCGAUUAUCAAACCCCUCUUGUCACCAAUGUCAAGAAUGCGAAGAUUCUCAUUGAGGCCAUUGCAAGGCAAUUCCCCAUGGAUAUUAGCGAUAUCGAUGUUCAAACAAGCCUCAAGCCUGCCAUUUUUGCUGAUAAUGCAUCAGAAGCUACAAAUGUUUCUACAUUGGGUCCCGCGAGUCGAUCAAGAUUCCUGGAUGGGGCUUCAUCACAAGCUCCUCAGCGAGACAUUGCUGCUCUGGAUAUGAACGGCUCAACCUUGUAUCCUCAACCCACAUUUUCUUCUUCUUUGCGACAACUUUUAGGACAAUCUCCAUUCAAGGAUCAACACGUUUUGUCAGUCAACCAAUUCAAGCGUCAAGAUCUUCAUCUGCUAUUCACAGUUGCGCAAGAGAUGCGAAAAGGUGUUGAGAAGGAAGGUGUCUUGGAUGUUCUCCGUGGCAAGCUUCUUUGUACAAUGUUCUUUGAACCAUCGACACGUACUUCUGCUUCUUUCGAUGCUGCUAUGCAGAGACUGGGAGGUCGUACUGUGUCAAUUGCAACCGCGCAUUCAAGCACCCAGAAGGGGGAGUCCCUCGCUGAUACUAUUCGUACGCUUGGGUGUUAUGGUGAUGCAAUCGUUCUACGACACCCCGACGAAAGCAGUGCGGACACAGCUGCCAAAUUUUCACCUGUUCCAAUUAUCAAUGGUGGUAAUGGUAGCAAGGAGCAUCCAACACAGGCGUUCCUUGACCUUUUUACCAUUCGUGAGGAAUUGGGUACAGUGACUGGUUUGACCAUUACCUUUGUGGGUGAUCUUCGUUUCGGUCGGACAGUUCACUCUUUGGUCAAACUUCUCCAGCAUUACGAUGUCAACAUCCAGCUAGUCUCACCUUCUGCCCUCUCACUUCCAUCUGAGAUUGUUGAUAUUAUCAAGACGAAGCCAGGACAACUACGUGUUGUGUCGACCGAAUUGACACCAGAGAUCGUCGCCCAAAGUGACGUUCUUUACUGCACCCGAGUACAAAAAGAACGAUUCUCUGAUCUUGCAGAGUACGAAAAGUUGAAGGAUAGCUUCAUCGUCAGCAACGAGACGUUGACAAAUGCCAAGCCUCAUAUGAUUGUCAUGCAUCCGCUACCACGCAACCAUGAGAUUGCAGAGGAGGUGGACUUUGACCAGAGAGCUGCGUAUUUCAGACAGAUGAAAUAUGGGCUGUACUGCAGAAUGGCUUUGUUGGCUUUGGUCAUGGCUCCGUGA